AUGGCCCCAGGCCGCGAUGUCAUGACUACAGGGGAAGAGGACGACGGCGUUUACGUGUCGAGCGGAAACUCGUUCGCGGCGCCAACGAUUGCUGGUCUUGUGGCAUACUGGCGCGGGCUUCCUGGUAUCAAAAACGGCUGGGACGAAGAGCUAAAGAAGCCUGCCAACGUCAAGAAGUGCCUUCUGUAUAUUCAUCGGCCACUCUUUCCUGGGAACCGUGUGGACGGCCUUGACGAAUCCAAGCUUGGCGCUAAUAAACAUGAGCCGAAAGGCCGGGGCCUUAACAACCUAUUUGCUGUCCCGUUUAUCUGGUCUGGAGAGUAUAAGGAAAAGAAUUGCCUUACCGAUCCAGACAUGCACCCGCGCUGUCCAAAGGGAAGUCUCGCAGACCUGGCACCUUUCGGUACUGGAUGCGAUCAAUACACCGCCGGUCCAUGCGUAGAGAUCGUUCCUGGUGGCCUGCCGACAAAUACGCCUGGACCUGGUGCCUUUAGCGACCCCAUUACGUUUCAGACGGGCUCAGCAAAUGUCACCUGCGCCGCGGAAUCUCCAGGAUGCGGUUCCCUCUGCACCGGUUUCUAUUGCGGCUCGACCGCCACGGCGAACUCAUCGACCACCUUGCCACCCGACUGCUAUGGUCCCAAGAAUCCUUCUCACACCUUCAAUACACUCACGGGAGCCACGACAGUCAGAGAGACUCAAGCCACCUCGGUAACCAAUACGUCUACUCUCUCGGUGGAGACGAUAAUUUCCACGAUGGUUUCGGAGACUGUUACUGUAGAGGUAACCAGUACCAUCCCAAGUCAUCCCAGAGCCGUAGAGGCUUUUGUCACCAUCCUGGAGGACGGAAAGACAGUCUGCGUGUUCAGCAUCUUCUGGUUUCCCGACACCGAGGGACAGAACUGCCUGGAAAAGCAGAUCAAUGCUGGGGGGACUGAGUGCCGCCCCAUUGGUCGCAUUGCGUCCUGGACCGAUGGGCUUUCAGACAUGGAGUUUGUGUCGAGCACAGGCGGAUCUGAGUACACUUGCCAUCUCUUCUUCGCCCAGGUGAUGGAGAGAGAGGUCUGA